UUAAUUAAGCGAGGAUGGGCAUGAUUGGGAGGAGCAUUAGCAGCGGCAAGUUGCCAAGCUUCAGGCUGAGUCGAGGAGCGCCGAGGUCACCGACCAUGAAAUCAACCCCCAUCUCAAGCACCGUGGAGGCCGCCGAUGAUAUAGAAGACAAUUCAUCAGUGGAAGCUGACGGAGGGAAGCAGCAGGUGCUAGGCAGGAAGAUCAUGAUCGUCGUAGACUCGAGUAGAGAGUCAAAAGUUGCAUUGCAAUGGGCGCUCUCACACACCGCUCAGAGCCAAGACACCAUUCUCCUCCUCAACGUUGUCAAGCCAUCCUCCUCCUCCUCAUCAUCAUCAUCCAACAUUAAUAUUAAUGUCUCCCACGCCGUCGACGGAGACGAGAUGAAAGACCCUAGAAGCUACGAUCUCUUGUGUGCCAUGAAGAGGAUUUCACAGCAGAAGAAACCCGAGGUGAAAGUGGAGAUAUGCUUGGUGGAAGGGAAGGACAAGGGACCAGUGAUAGUGGAGGCGGCAAAGAAACAGGGAGCGGCGCUUUUGGUGCUAGGGAGCAGGAAGAGGAGGCCGAUGAUGGUGAUGUGGAGGUUGCUGAUGGUGUGGCGGGGCCGUGGUAGUGGUAAAGGUAGCAAAGCGGUGGUGGAUUACUGCAUAAAGAAUGCGAGUUGCAUGGCGGUGGGAGUGAGGAGGCGAGGGAGGAGGGCUGGUGGGGGAUACUUGAUUACCACGAGGAAGCACAAGGAUUUCUGGCUUCUCGCUUGA